GUUAGGUACUACAUACAGUUACCUACCACUAACACAUCAACAAUUCGCAUAUCCUACAAAACAGAUAAAAAUUGGCGGAAAUUCUCAUUCUUAACAGCGUUGUUGUUUUUAAUUUGUUCACUGUCUAAAUUCACCUAACUAGGUAUUUUUCAAGUUACGCCGCGCCAGAGACAGCCACGAGAUCGCCAUGGAUGACCAAGUAUCCCGCCUCGUGGACAAAGCAUGGGGAAAAUUCCAACAGCUAGAACCGGGCCAACGACUUUUAAUCGCCGUAGCCGGCAUUCCCGGCUCAGGCAAAACAACCCUCUCCCAAAUCGUCACCGCGGCCCUUAAUGCCCGCCACUCGGCACUACACCCGGACGCCCCCUCACCUGCCGCCUUCGUCUCUAUGGACGGGUUCCACCUAACACGUGCGCAACUCUCCGCAAUGCCCGACCCGGAGCGCGCACACGCCCGGCGCGGCGCCGAGUUCACCUUCGACGGAGCGGCGUUCCUAGCACUCGUUCAAGCCGUGCGAACGCCAUCCGAUCCUCCCUCAGUAGUAUACGCACCGAGUUUCGACCACGCGGUGAAGGACCCCGUGGCAGACGACAUCGCGAUCCAGACUUACCACCAGAUCGUCGUUUUCGAGGGGAACUACGUGUGUCUAGAUAAAGAGCCGUGGAAAAGCGCCGCGGCGCUGAUGGAUGAGCGAUGGUUUGUAGAGGUGGAUUUCGGGACGGCGAGGAGGAGGUUGGUUCGACGGCAUGUUAAGGCGGGGAUUGCGCGGGAUGAGGAGGAGGCGGGACGGCGGGCGGAUGGGAAUGAUUUGGUUAAUGGGGGGGAGAUUGUGGGGUGUAGGGUUGAGGUUGAUGAGGUUGUGGUUAGUAGGGAGGAUGGGGCGUGGGAUCAUGAGUAGGGGGCUUGGGAUGGGUGGGAUUUGGGUUUGUAGGUGGUUGUUGGGUAUACUUGAGGGAAGGAUAGGAGGUUUACGACGACGAGAAAUCGUGUCUUCUCAAGCGACCCUGAAAACCCGGGGUGCGAAACUCGCUGAACGGAGUGUACUGUGUGCUGGUUCUACUAUCGCACUGUAACUAGAACCGUUCACCUUAUUACACAAAGGGCACCCAUUGCCUAUUAUUGCACGUGUAAGUAAGCUACGUACUUGUGUAUGCGGGAG